AUGGAAGUUUCAAGAAUCGAGAAUACUUCUCGUCGAGAGCCCAAUCUUCGAUAUCAAGGAAAUUGGAAUAAAAAUGCACGACCACCACGCAAUGAACCUCCAAGAUAUAACAAUUAUUAUCAACGUGAUGAUAAUUUGUACAAUCAAAGAGGAAACUUUUACCGUCAGAACAAUUGCAACUACAAUAGAAUACCCCCUCAAGAUCAAAGACCAAACAACUAUUCUGGAAAUUAUGGAAGAAACUACAAUACAUAUCAGCAACGUGAUGGACCUCAUGACAACUACCAAUGUCCUCCCCCACGAAAUUACAAUUAUGAUCAAGAACCAUAUCGCAACUAUAAUCAAAGACCACCUCAAGCUCAAGGUUACAAUUACAACCAGCGACCUGCACCACAACAAGAUAAUCAACCUCGACAACCUUACCAAAAUGCAAAUCGCAAGAAUAACCAAGGAGUAAACAAUCAGGCUCCGAGACCAAGACCACCAGCAGCACGGAAUGUUGAGGUGGAAAUUGACGAACCACAAACUUUUGAAGAACCAGCAAUACGAACUAUCACGAGACAACAAUACAAGUAUCAGCAACUAGAUAAUCUGGAAGAACAAGAUUACAAUGAUGAAGUUGAAAUUAUCCCAGAAGCCGAAUGGAAGAAAAGCAAGAAAAUACUUAAAGCAAUUCAAGCUGAAUUGCAAGCACAAGAUCCAGAAACAAUCAAAGAACACGACAAACAAUCAAACAAUCAAGAAACAAGAAGUUUUACCCAAGAGGAGCUAGCACCUGUUCAGCAGAAAGAAAAGUUUCAUGUGGAAGAGCAAGCUGAAGCAAGGUUGAAGCAAAACCUGGUGGAAGAUGAACAGCCUGAUCAGAUUGAGCAACCAGCAGAAGAAGACGAAGACCUGCAGUGGCUAAAGGUGUUUCAGACGCAGGAACUUGAGGUGGUGCUUCCGAAGUUUUGUGAGCAAACGGAGCAGAAGAAAAAUUCAGUGCCAGAGUUUGACGUGGAACAAGCAGCAGCUGGUCAAGCUGGCUUGGAGCAGAAAGCUGUUGUGAAGAAGAAAGAAGAAGAUGUUAGACAACAAAGAGGUGUAGAAGUUCAGAACCUUGUGGAGCAGCCAUCAAGAGGAGCCAUAUACCCAGGCCAAAGUUUGCACUUGAACGUGGCUGGUGUGAAGUUGGUGAAGAGACGAGGAAGUGUGUUUCUCAGAGGCGUUUGUGCAACUGAUCUCGGGAAGAAGCUGGUCAAAUUCAGAUCACAAGACUUUGAGGAAGCAGCUCAGACUUAUGAAGAGGAGGAAGAGGAGGAGGAGCCACAUGAGGGAGCAGCUACCAGCAAUGGAGCAGUGACUGCGGGACGCAGCACAAGGCAGUCGUAG